UUGGCGACGUGUACCCGGUGUGUGGAAGUGUUUAGGUUUCUUGCCGCCGCCGCCAGGGAACUGUCCGUUUGAAGAGCCCCGUAAAGCCCCUAAAACACAAAGCAUGGGAGCAUCUCAGAGCGUGGAGAUACCAGGUGGAGGCUCAGAGGGUUACCACGUCCUCCGGGUCCAGGAGAACUCGCCGGGGCAUCGGGCAGGACUGGAGCCGUUCUUUGACUUCAUCGUCUCCAUCAACAACAACAGAUUGAACAAAGACAAUGACACCUUGAAGGACUUGCUCAAAGCCAAUGUGGAGAAACCAGUAAAGAUGCUGGUGUACUCGUCAAAGACCCUGGAGCUGCGGGAGACCACAGUGACUCCCAGCAACCUGUGGGGAGGCCAGGGUUUGCUCGGGGUGUCCAUCCGCUUCUGCAGCUUCGAAGGGGCCAACGAGAACGUGUGGCACGUCUUGGAAGUGGAGCCCAAUUCCCCAGCGGCCCUGGCCGGCCUGCGGCCGCACACCGACUACAUCAUCGGAGCCGACACUGUUAUGAAUGAGUCAGAGGACCUGUUCUCUCUGAUCGAGAGCCACGAGGGAAAGGGCCUGAAGCUCUACGUCUACAACACAGACACAGACAACUGCAGGGAGGUGGUCAUAACGCCCAACGGAUCCUGGGGAGGCGAGGGCAGCCUGGGAUGCGGGAUCGGCUACGGUUACCUCCACAGGAUUCCUACCCGUCCUUUUGAGGAAGGAAAGAAGAUCAGCUUCCCUGCAAACUCCUCCACAGAGCCAGUCAGUCCCCUGAAAGACGGAUUCACAGAGGUCCAGCUUUCGGCUGUAACCCCUCCUUCCUCCACGCCCGUCGUCUCAUCCGGCCUUGAAGAUGCACUGUCCGGUCUGUCCAUCAGCUCCGCUCCGCCCGCCAUGCCCAGUGAGCUGCAGACGGGCUUGCCCACGGUGCCUCUCCUCCCCUCCACCUCCAGCUCCUCCUUCGCUCCCCUCCCUCCACUGAAUCCUGCCGCCGCCGCUUUCAGCCCAGCCACAACGCUACCAGCCAGUGUGACGUGUCCGUCCCCAGGUCUCAUGCCUCUCCCAGGAGGGCUGCCUCCUCUCCCAGGAGGGCUGCCUCCUCUCCCAGGAGGGCUGCCUCCUCUCCCAGGAGGGCUGCCUCCUCUCCCAGGAGGGCUGCCUCCUCUCCCCAACCUCCCCAACCUGAACCUGCCGCUCCCAGACCUCAGCGCCGUCUCUCUGACAACCUCCAGCUCCAUACCAACAGCAGCAGCAACGACGGUGCCCCCUCUGGCUCAGCUGCCCCCCCUGUCCCUACCAGGUAUGGGUCAGUUCCCUCCCCUGCUCCCCAACCCCUCUCUGCCCUUCGUGCCCGCCUCUAGCGUCGCCGCCUCAGUCACGGUCACGGCGACCGCCCCGGCCGCCAUCGCCACCACAGAGGCAGUCGCCACAGAACCCUCGGCCCCCACGGAUACAACACUACCGCCGUCGUAAUGUCACCGCGAAACGUUUCACGCAGCCGGUUCUUCUCUCUUUCUCCCAUCUGUCUUUCUGUGGUUUUUCUAUUUAUUUGGCCAGGAGAGAGCAGGCAGCGAGACGCAACAGCGGCCGACGCCCCAGUUAGAGCUGAGGCAAAGAGACGGGAUGGUAGUUCUAGAUCAGUCCGAAGUGUCUGCGUUGGCGGAUUGUCAUUCAGCAGAACUGGUAGCACUGCAGCUCGUUAAAGCUACUGUACAGAGAAGAUUGCUUCACACUUCUGCAGUAUACAGUUAUUUUUAGUUUUUUCCUAACUGGUUUACCCUUACCAACCCUCUUCUUUUUUUUUUUUUUAUAUAACCAUUCCAUGUUAAUGAGGCUGGAUGAUGAGCAGAAUUUCUUUUGACUAUGAAAUGGGACGACUCACUCCUGCGCUGCUGUAUUAAAAAGAAAAAAAUCUAUACAACUAUAAACAUGUUUGUUUUGCCAGGUUUCCCAGCUCCAUUAUUCAGCCUUUUUAUUAGUAGCUGACAAACCCCCACUCUGCACCAUUAGACGGAUUGAAUUACUAAUUCUGAAGUUUUCCAGAAUGAAUCUGCAUCAUUUUGCACCACUUUUAUUUGUGUUGUUUUGAAAUGAUCCCUUUGUAUGUCCCCACAUAUAGGCGGAACUCUAUAUUACACAGUAUGUCAGCAAACAGGCUGAAAGGUCAUGGUUCUUGCUGCUGGGUUACCGUGUUCGGGUCGGUCACAGUUGGAGUACAGUCUCUGUAAAACUUUCGAGAAAACGUCUGCAGAAUGCACGGUGCAAGCAAUAAAGCCAAAUGAGUUUUACAAACUGUG